AUGGUCUUUGGAAAGAAAAAAGAUGAAAAAUCACAAAACCAACCAAAUUGUGAAAAAAUCAUACCAGAAGCGAAUGCAAAUUUCUUUUCUAAACUAAUAUUUCAUUGGCCAUCAGCGAUUUUACGACUUGGAUAUGAGAGACCAUUACAAAAAGAAGAUUUGUAUAUUUUAGAUGAUAAAAGAUUGUCAAAAAAAUUGGUAGAAGAGUUUGCACUUGAAUGGAAAAAAGAAGUUGAAAAGGCUAAGAAAGGAAAGAAACCAUCAUUGAUAAAAGCUCUAAAUAGAAUGCUUGGGUUCAAUUUUUGGUGCGCAGGGAUCUCUAGAUUCUUUGGUGAUACUUUACAGGUCUUGUCACCUUUGGUAAUUCAGAUGCGCCGCCAAUAUCUAAUGGAUUCAUCCUUGCAACGAUACUGUUUUUUAUGCAAAUGGGAUCAACUUUUUUCAGCAUUUGCAAUGGUCCUUAGUUGUAAAGCUCGUAAUUCAUUUACUAUUGGUAGAAUUACAAAUUUAAUAUCAACAGAUACAACUAGACUUGAUUUUUUUUGUUCAUAUUUUCAUUUAUUAUGGAGUGCUCCACUUCAACUUUCAAUAGCACUCGCGUUGUUGAUACUUAACAUUGGUCCAUCGGCGUUAGCAGGUUUUAGUUUUUUGGUCAUUACUGGACCAUUACAGGGAAGAGUGAUGUCGGCAUUGGCAUCCACACGCAGUAAAGCAGCAAAGGUUACCGAUGAACGUAUUAAGUUAACACAAGAAAUUUUACAAGGAAUUCGAGUUAUAAAAUAUUAUGCUUGGGAAGAUAGUUUCUUAAAGACUUUAAAUAAAUUACGUGAUAAAGAACUUGGAUAUACUAAAUUUAUAUUAAUUAUUCGCGCGAUUGUCACAGGAGUUGCGUCGGUGAUGCCAGUUUUUGCUAGUAUUCUCUCUUUUGUAGUAUUUGUACUUGCCGGUGGUACACUUACAUCUGAAUUAGUAUUUUCAUCCUUGGCACUCUUUAAUAUUAUUCGUUUACCUCUAAAACUUUUACCUAUGGUUAUUGCCGUAGCAACCGAUGCUUGGGUUUCACUUGGUCGUAUUCAAGAGAUAUUAUUAGCCGAAGAAUUAGAAUAUUCACCAAAAAUUGAUUUUAAUGAUAAAUUUGCUAUUAAAGUAAUAAAUGGUGAAUUCGUAUGGGAGGGUUCCCCUGUUUCUGAUAAGAAUGCUCAAAGAAUUCCCAAUGAUCAAUUCACGGAAAGUUUAUCUACCUAUUCUUUUAUUUCUACUGAUGAUGUUGAUGAUGAGAAUAUAGAACAUUCACCUAUAUUGACACCUCAAUUACGUCUUAGUGAUAUUAAUCUUACCAUUUCUCGUGGAACUCUUGUUGCUAUUGUGGGUUCUGUGGGCUCAGGAAAAUCUUCACUAUUAUCAGCAUUGGUUGGUGAAAUGAAAAAAGUCAGUGGAGAAAUAAUAUUUGGUGGUACUGUUGGAUAUUGUCCACAAACUGCUUGGAUACAAAAUGCUACACUCAGAGAAAAUAUUACUUUUGGACUACCAUUUGAUGAAGAAAAAUAUCAACGAGUAAUAAAGGAUUGUUGCCUUGAACCUGAUUUUGCGAUUUUACCAGCAGGGGAUAUGACAGAAAUUGGAGAAAAGGGAAUUAAUCUUUCCGGAGGACAAAAGCAACGCAUAAAUAUUGCAAGAGCUGUAUAUUUUGAUGCUGAUAUUGUUUUGUUGGACGACCCAUUAUCGGCUGUUGACGCGCACGUUGGCAAAUAUCUAUUCACAAAUUGUAUACAGGGAUCACUUGCAAAAAAAACAAGAAUCUUAGUCACACAUCAAUUACAACUAUUAUCUCAAGUAGAUUAUAUCAUUUGUAUGGAAGAUGGGGAAAUUGUAGAGCAAGGAACAUAUGAAGAGCUGAUGAAUGCUAAUAAAAGCUUUGCAAAAUUAAUAUUGGAGUAUGGUGAAUCCAAAGAUGAGAUGACGACGAUUAAUAUUGAAACAGAUGAGCCGACGGAAAAAAAAUUUUUUGCGUCACCUAUUCCAUCUGCAUCGUCACAAGGAUUAAUGUCGUUAGAAGAACGAACAACGGGUGCCGUUGCUGACAAGAUUUAUAUAGCUUAUAUAAGAGCUGCAGGUGGUUUGGUAUUGAUACCAUUAAUUUUAUUUUUAUUGGUAAUGAUGCAAGGAAGCAAUAUCGGAAGUAAUUUAUGGCUUUCAUUUUGGACAAGUAAUAAUUUUGCCUUAACGACCGAACAAUACAUGUCGGUUUACUGCGCAUGGGGUGUUGCAGAAAGUAUUUUCAGUGUUUUGGUCUGUUUAACACUAUCCUUUGCUGGAAUUGCCGCUGCCAGAAAUUUGCAUAAUCAGGCAAUUCAACAAAUUUUAAGAACACCGAUAAACUUCUUUGAAACGACACCUUUAGGUCGAAUAAUAAAUCGGUUCAGCAAAGAUAUUGAUUCCUGUGAUAAUUUGAUCACUGAGUCAUAUCGAAUGUUUUUCAGCACUUUAGCGACCGUCUUCGGGACUUUUGCACUAAUAAUCGGAGUUUUUAUAUGGUUUCUUUUGCCUUUUAUACCACUUACUAUAUUAUAUUAUUGCGCCGCUAUUUAUUUUAGAGCAACAAAUCGUGAAUUGAAACGCCUCGACUCAAUAUUAAGAUCUUCACUUUACGCUCAUUUUUCCGAAUCUUUAACCGGUUUACCAACAAUUAGAGCAUAUAGAGAACAAGCACGAUUCAUAAAUACCAAUGAGCGUUACAUAGAUUUAGAAAAUCGAGCAUACUUUAUGCAAUUUUCUGUCAAUAGAUGGCUUGGAAUUCGUCUUGAAACCAUUGCAAACUCAUUGAUUUAUUGCGCAAGUCUAUUAGCAGUUAUACAAAGAUUUCAAGUGGAACCUGCAAUUAUUGGAUUAAUUCUUAGUUAUGCAACGCAAGUUACAGCGGACUUUAAUUGGUGUGUUCGACAAUUUGCUGAAGUAGAAGCAAAUAUGAAUGCAGUAGAGCGUUUAGUGCAUUACACGGAUAAUCUCGAAAGUGAGCCUGCAUCAAUGAUUCCUGAUAAUAGACCACCAUCUGAAUGGCCUGUUAAAGGAGAGAUAUUUAUAAAUAAUUUGGUUAUGCAAUAUGGACCUGAUAAUCCACCAGUGAUAAAAGGCGUUACAAUCCAUAUAAAAGAUU